AUAUAUGCUCUCUCUCUCUCUCUCUCUCUCUCUCUCUCUGUAUUUGUACGCACCAAACAACAACACAAACGCUCGCUCACAUCUUCUCUGCUCGCUGUUUGUAUAUCGUAUGGGUGCGGUGGUGCUUCUGGUUGCCGCCGAUCGCCACUGACAUUAAAGCCCUAAUUUUUGCACAGCAACACUUCCUUUCACUCCAGUAAAACUGCUGUCGUCGACGUUUUGGAUAUAUGUCCCAUAAUCAAUCGAGGUCGGAAAGUCGCGACUCUUAUCAGAACAGGAGGCCUGGACGAUCCGGCAGCUUCAAUCAGUAUCGCGGUAGUAAAGGCGGCGGCGGCGGCGGCGGAGGUGGCAGUGGCUCUGCCCCUGCUCCUAGUCCCUCCUCGUCUUACAACAGAAGCUUCAACAAGAAGUAUAAUAAUGCACAAGGAGGAUAUCGGGUAGCAAGUGAUCCAAGUGGGAGCUCUGCUAGAGGAGUGCAGAAUGGUGCUCACCAAGAACAGCCAUUAAGUGAAGUUUUAGAUGCUGCACCUAUUACUACUGCAGGUGUCCCUCCUUUGGGUACUCCUGUUAAUGUCAGUAAUGCACCAACACAAAAAAUUAACAGAGCUGUACCUAGACCUCCACCCUCCAAUUCCUCUGCUGGUCCAGACCCUAAUGCACCAGGCACUUCUAAAGCUCCAGGAGAUGGAUCUAAGUCCUUCCCUCUUCAGUUUGGGUCGUUAAAUCCUAGUUUCAUGAAUGGGAUGCAGGUUCCUGCUCGAACAAGCUCAGCACCACCAAACUUGGAUGAGCAGAAACGUAGCCAGGCUCGCCUCAACUCUUUGAAACCUGGGCCUGCAUUGCCAAAUCCAUCUACAUCUGUGCAACCGCCAGCAAAAAAGGAUGUAGGGAAGGUUGACCAAUUUAAAAAGGAUUCCGGGAAGGUUGAUCAAUUUAGUAACUUUGAGGGUCCGGUACACUCUAGGCCCAAGAGGGACAUGCCUCCUUCUGGUCCACCCCCACUGACACAAACACUAAAGCCUUCACCUCAUCCUUUGACUGGGAUUCAUAUGCAAAUGCCCUUUCACCCAGCUCAACCUCAGGUUCCUGUUCCAUAUGGGGGCCAUGGUCAAAUUCAAUCUCAGGCCAUGUCUGCCUCGUCUUUGCCAAUUCAAAUGACGAUGCCUCUACUUGGAAAUCCUUCAUUACAGCAGCCAAUGUUUGUCACAGGUCUACCGCCCCAUCCAAUGUCAUCUCAAGGGAUCAUGCAUCAAGGACAAGGUAUAAGUUUUGCUUCUGGAAUGAACCCCCAGAUGCCUCCACAGUUGGGAAAUAUGGGAAUGAAUAUUCCUCCACAAUUUCCUCAGCAACAGGCUGGAAAGUUUAGUAGUCUUCGGAAAACUGUAAAGAUAACCCACCCAGAAACUCAUGAGGAAUUAAGGCUUGAUGGAUCACCUGGUCCCAGAUCACAUCCCAGCAUGCCUCCUCAAUCACAGCCUCUAUCAUCAUUCCCACCAACUCCAAUUAACUAUUAUCCUAAUUCCUACAAUAACAGUUCAGUAUACUUCCAACCUCCAAGUUCUCUUCCGCCAAAGAAUUCCCAGAAUCCUCAGGCAACAAGAUUUUAUAAUCAGGUGACAAUCAAACCAGCUCCUGGCACUCCAGGGGAAAAGGACCAGGUGACAGUAAAACCUGCUCCUGGAAUACCAGGGGAAAGGGACCAGUUACCUUUGGUAAGUUCACCCACCAGCAAAGAUUCUCAGAAACAUGCAAAGUCGCAUGUAGUUGCUUCAGUUCACCCUCAAAAAGAUUCUCAGGCUUCUACUCAGAGUUCUAUGCUUCAACCAAAGCAGGGUUAUGGAUCAACCCAUGCGUCAUCAAUUCCUGACCAUGUAGUUGCUUCAGUUCACCCUCAAAAAGAUUCUCAGGCUUCUACUCAGAGUUCUAUGCUUCAACCAAAGCAGGGUUAUGGAUCAACCCAUGCGUCAUCAAUUCCUGACCAUGUAGUUGCUUCAGUUCACCCUCAAAAAGAUUCUCAGGCUUCUACUCAGAGUUCUAUGCUUCUUCAACCAAAGCAGGGUUAUGGAUCAACCCAUGCGUCAUCAAUUCCUGACCAUGUAGUUGCUUCAGUUCACCCUCAAAAAGAUUCUCAGGCUUCUACUCAGAGUUCUAUGCUUCUUCAACCAAAGCAGGGUUAUGGAUCAACCCAUGCGUCAUCAAUUCCUGACCAUGUAGUUGCUUCAGUUCACCCUCAAAAAGAUUCUCAGGCUUCUACUCAGAGUUCUAUGCUUCAACCAAAGCAGGGUUAUGGAUCAACCCAUACGUCAUCAAUUCCUGAAGCUAGUAUGCAUUCUACUGUAGUUUUAGGUUCUUCUUUGGAAGCGCCCAGCUUGACUCCUGUAAUCACAACUUCAGAUAAGGGUUCUAUAGAUGUGCCAGUGGGCAGUUCUGAAGAAUUAUUCCCUGAUGCGAUCAAAGCGCAGCAGAAAAAACCAGGCGAUGUAGACCCUUCGUCUGUGCAGGAUGAGGUUGCCAGGCUUUCUACUUCUGUUUUAGGCUUGCCUCCACAGCCUCCCGAAACUGGAGAUGAAUCUGCUGUGGGAUCUACUGUAGAUGAUAUUGAUACCAAACCUGUUGAUGCUCAUAUAGAAGAGUCUUCCAAACCUCCUGAUACAGAGAGUGAAGAGAACAAUACAGUGCCUGAAACCACGAGUGAAAAUGAGAAAGUAAAGUUGCAUAAUGUUGUACAAGACAGCAACAAUUCCAAGACACAAUCAGAGUCCAUUUGUUCAGAAUCUUCUGAGUUCAUUAAUCAAACCGAAGAGCACUGUCUACAGAGAGCUGCAAGUUCCAGCAAUGAGGGUAGUUCAGAAGAAAUUACUCGGGGCAAGGUUAAUGAAUCUGCUACAUGUUCCAGUGAAGUUGAUAAUGAGGCUGAUAGUUCUUUAUCAUCCAGUUUAGAUAUAAAUGACAUGAAUUCCAAGGGCACCCCCUUGGUGAUAGGUGUAUCUACCCAAGAUCUUCACAUGGGUACUAAAGAAAUAGCUUCUCCAACAACUUCCAUUGUUGAUGAGGAGUCUGGAUCUGAAUCUCAUGUGUGUCCUGAGGCUACUUCAAAACACAAAGAUGAAAAUGACGACACUAGCUUGACUACAUCAAUUGCUAAGGAGAAAUCUUUGGUUUACCAAGAUUUGCCAAAAAGUACUCUUGCUAGAGGAAAAAAGAAGAAAAAAGAAAUAUAUAAAAAGGCAGAUGCUGCAGGUGCAACCUCUGAUUUGUAUGUGGCAUAUAAGGGUACGGAGGAAAAGAAAGAAAAUGACACAUAUGUUGAAAGCAUCGAAGGAAACAUUGUUGAUAGUUCAAAGCCCUUUACUGUUGAGGUGGUGCAAGACAUUGUGUCAGUCAAGGAAGGUGAUCAGGUUAAAGUUGAGCCCGAUGAUUGGGAGGACGCUGUUGAUGUUUCAAGUCCAAAGCUGGAAUCUCCAGAAAAUGGAAAGCAAGUUGUACGGGGAUUCAAUAAUUAUGCUGAAGGUUGUGAUGAAAUGACAACCAAAAAGUAUUCAAGAGAUUUUCUAUUUAAAUUUGCGGACCUAUAUACUGACCUUCCUGAAGGUUUUGCAAUUGCAUCUGAUAUUGCGGAAGUAUUGAUGGGUUCUCGUUCUACUGUUGAUGCUACUAAUGAACCAUACCCAAGUCCUGGCAGGAUUGUUGAUAGACCAUCUGGAGGCUCUAGACCAGAACGCCGUGGUAGUGCCUUGGGAGAUGAAGACAAGUGGAGUAAAUUACAUGUACCACUUGUGACUGGACGGGAUAUGCGACCAGACAUGCCUUAUGGUAGUAAUUCUAUGGGAUUCCGUCCCAAUCAAGGUGGUAAUUUUGGGGUUUUGAGGAACCCCCAUGCACCAACCUCACUGCAGUAUGCUGGAGGUAUCCUUGCAGGGCCGUUGCAUUCAGUUGGUUCUCAAGGUAUGCAAAGAAAUGGUGUUGAUGCUGACAGGUGGCAGCGAGGAACUGCUUUCCAGAAGGGUUUGAUGCCUUCUCCUCAGUCUCCGUUACAAGUGAUGCAUAAAGCUGAAAAGAAGUAUGAAGUUGGCAGCGUAACGGAUGAGGAACAAGCAAAGCAAAGACGGUUGAAAGCAAUUCUAAACAAGCUUACUCCCCAGAACUUUGAAAAAUUGUUCCAGCAAGUUAAAGAUGUCAAAAUUGACAAUGUGACGACACUUAAUGGUGUUAUUUCACAAAUUUUUGACAAGGCUUUGAUGGAACCCACUUUUUGUGAGAUGUAUGCAAACUUCUGUUUUCACCUCUCUGCUGAGCUUCCUGAUCUGAGCAUAGACAGUGAAAAAAUUACUUUUAAGAGAUUGCUUUUAAACAAGUGUCAGGAAGAAUUUGAGAGAGGAAAGCGAGAGGAACAAGAAGCUAAUGUAACUGAUGGGGAAGGUGAAACAAAACUCUCAGAUGAGGAAAGAGAGGAGAAAAGACUAAAAGCACGGAGAAGAAUGUUAGGCAACAUUAGACUAAUUGGAGAGUUGUACAAGAAGAAAAUGUUGACAGAGAGGAUAAUGCAUGAGUGCAUAAAAAAUUUGCUAGGUGAGACUGAGAAUCAGAAUCCUGAUGAGGAAAACAUUGAAGCUUUAUGUAAAUUAAUGAGCACAAUUGGUGAGAUGAUAGAUCAUGCAAAAGCCAAGGUGCACAUGGAUGCUUAUUUUGCUAUGAUGGCUAACUUGUCAAUCAACAUGAAACUAUCUUCCAGGGUAAGGUUUAUGUUGAAAGAUGCAAUCGAUCUUAGGAAGAAUAAUUGGCAGCAGAGGAGAAAAGUUGAAGGACCAAAGAAGAUUGAAGAGGUGCAUAGAGAUGCAGCUCAAGAAAGACAAGCCCAAGCUAGUAGGGUUUCUCGUGCCCCCAGCAUGAGUUCUUCUGUUAGAAGAGGCCAACAAAUUGAUUUUUCUCUUAGAGGUCCUAGUAUAUUGCCUUCUCCAAGCUCCCAGAUGAGUGGGUUCCGACCUAUGUCUCCCCAGAUGCGGGAUUAUGGUGGUCAAGAUUCUCGGCUGGAUGAUAGAAAUUCAUUUGAGAAUAGGGCAUUAUCACUUCCCCUUACCCAGCGGUCCCAUGGAGAUGAUAUUACACUUGGACCUCAAGGUGGACUUGCAAGGUCUUUUAGGGGACAAACAACUGCUCCAAUAACCCCAUCAGCUAAUAUACCAAGUCCUGGUGAUCCCCAUAGAGUUGCAUCUGGGAUGAAUGGCUUUAGUCCUAUGCCUGAUCGGAUAACACAUGGCCCAAGGGAAGAUUCCAUGCAGAGGUAUAUGCCAGAAAGGGUUUCCAGUCAAUAUGGUCAUACUGGUAAACAGGAGUGGAACAUGCAUUAUGGAAAUAGAGAUCGUGGAUUUGAUACUGCUCUUACGUCUCCUCCAGUUCGAGGUGGAGGGACAAGUUCUAUGCAGAAUGUUCAUCAAGAUAAAGGAUUGUCUGAAGAACGCUUACAGGACCUAUCCAUGUCUGCAAUUAAAGAAUUUUACAGUGCCAGAGAUGAGAAGGAGGUUGCCUUAUGCAUGAAAGACAUGAAUGCUCCAAGCUUCUAUCCUUCAAUGAUUGCUCUUUGGAUCACUGAUUCUUUCGAGAGGAAGGACAUGGAGAGGGAUCUCUUAGGGAAACUUCUGGUCAACUUAACAAAGUCUCGGGAAAUUGUCCUAAGUCAGGAUCAGCUGAUUCAGGGGUUUGAACGUGUUCUCACUACCUUGGAGGAUGCAGUUAAUGAUGCCCCAAGAGCAGCGGAAUUUCUUGGUCGUAUCUUUGCCAACAUGGUUUUGGAAAACACGAUUCCUCUCAACGAGAUUGGGCGGUUGCUACAUGAAGGCGGGGAGGAGAAAGGGUGCCUCGUGGAGACGGGGCUUGCAGCCGACGUUCUCGGAAGCACCUUGGAGAUGAUUAAAUCGGAGAAAGGCGAUUCUUUGUUGAAUGACAUCUGUAAAAGAUCUAAUCUGCUGCUAGAAAACUUCAGGCCUCCAGGUUCUAACAAGCAAUCCAAACUGGACAAGUUUCUAUUUUCAUAGCUUAUUAUAGACUGUGUAUGUGGUAGAAAUUCAUGUCUAGUGUUCUUUAGGGUCACAUUCCGCAGAUAAAUAUAUAAAUAUAUAUCUAUGAUCAUAUAUGUGCUUCAAUGGGAAUCAACAAAGAGGCUUAUCUUAGAUAUUCUUAGAUAUUAUUUUGUCAAAAAUGUAAAAAGUAAACUGGAGCUUGCCAUCUUGGUUGCACUGAGCUGUUAACUUACUUGCCAGUUGGCUGUGAAUAUUAUGGUUUUAACAAGCUUAAUUGAUGUUUAAUAUGAACCCUGCAAUGAUGUUGGAGUC